UUGUUGCCGUCUCGAUCGUUAGGUACAACCUCAGCUAGCUCCCAUGGCAUUCUCCUCCCCGACCUCCUCAUCCUGGUCACCGGAGCAUGCCAAGCCCACCCGCGUCCGAGCUCCCCCAACAGAGCGCGCCCACGACGGAGGCGACGAGGAGGACGACGACGUCUCGCCCUGGCGGAACGCCUCGCGGGUGCGCAGUGUCGAAGCCCUGAGAGCCAUCUGCAGGAAGUACUCCAUCCCCAACGGCUUCACCCCGCUCCUCGCCGGCGACCGGUCGGCGCGCGCGCCGCCGCCGCCAGGGUCCGUCUGCAUGUUCGUCGACGCGCUGGAGGCCGGGAUGCGCCUGCCCCUCCACCCUUUCUUCGGCGUGGUGCUCGACCACUUCGGGAUCGCGCCGGCCCAGCUCGCCCCUAACGGCUGGCGCGCCCUGGCGGGCUUCGUCGUGCUCUCCCACUUCGCCGGCACGCCGCCGUCGCUGCCCGUGUUCCGGCACUUCUUCUCGCUGGUCGCGUUCCCGCACAGGCUCUACUCUCUCCGCGGCAAAGACGCCGCCGGCGCCGGUUUGCUCUUCCGUCCGACGAAGGCCAAGAACGCGGGGUGGAAGGAGGAGUUCUUCUUCAUGUCGUCGUCGUCGGCGCCGUGGCCGUGCCCCGUUCAGUGGGGGAGGCCAUUCAGGUCCGCCACGUCUGAUCCGUCGCUCACCGGCCCGGAGAAGGCCGUGGCGGCGAGCGUGCUGCGCGCUCGCGGUGGUUCCCCGAUCGAUCUCACGGCGUAUCUCCGCGACAGCAACUUGGCCGCGGCCAAGAUCAUCGGGGCACUCUCACCGCCGACGGCGACGCCUACUCCUCAAGGUGAACUUCUGAAAAGAGCGGCGCACGCGCCAGCGGAGGAGUCCACGGUGAAGAGCGAGCCGGACUGCGAUGCACCGUCGCCCAGUGCGCCGUCGUGGUCCCGAAAAGAGAAGAAGCGGAAGCGGCCGGAGCACCAUGCAAACGGCGAGAGCUCAGCGUCGGGAUAUCUCUCUUUCCCGCCGGGCUUCUCCCCGCAUCUCCGGAAGGCACGGACCACCACCACGGCCAAACACGGGAAGCAACACCACGGCUGCGACGACGGGGACACGAGCGGCUGGAAGGCGGCGAGGCAGCUGCUGCAGGGCAUCGUCACGCCGGAGCGGCAGCGCGAGCACGCGGCGUCCAGGCCGGCCGACGUCGUCGCCUCGAGCUACGUGUCGCUGCUCCAGACAGCGAACGAGGUGGCGUUCUCGCUGGGCUACGCUCUGGAGCUCGAGGAGAGGCUGAGGGACGCCGACGAGCUGCGGGCGGAGCUGCGCAAGGUGAAGGCCGAGCUCGCCGAGACCAAGGCCAAGGCGGCGGCCGUGCGGGAGUCCCGGCGACCCAGGGCGCGCUGACGAGUGACGAAGAGCUCUUCCUGGACGCCACGCCAUGGCUCCUGGUGUCUCCACGGUGAUAUGCAGGCUGAUGGACCUAUUUAUUUAUCUGUUGUUGUUUGAAUGUUGACUAAUUCAUUCGGGUGUCUACACCAUUUCACCAAA